AGUCGGGAUACGACAGCACAGUGUACGUCACAGGCGGUGGAGCUCGGGGCGCCGAGGGACGUGCUCAAAGCGGAUGCGGUAGAGGAUCGAUCUCAAGACACAUUCGGCACAGUUCAGUUCGGAGAUCGCCCGUGUCUCCGAGCGGUGCUCUUCGUGUCCGAUGGCAUCCUCGGCGGCACUCGGCCCGCAGAGGUGGUCGCAGGGAGGAGUGCUGGAGGCGCGGCCCCCUGCGCGGCACCGGCACGCGCGGCGGUGCCCCGGGAGCUCCCGCAGGCGGGCGUGUCGUCGUGGGCGCAGCAGUCUGCGCUCUGCUCGGCAGCUGGCUGUCCCGGAGGACCACGGUGGAUGGGUAGACUUGGGAGGCACCAAUCACGUUACAUUGGUUCGUGA